AUGACAGGGACGUCAACUUCAGGCAGCAAGAGCAUCAGGCCAACAACCUAUCUUUUGUCCUUUCUUCCAGCGCAAUCCUUCACCACAACCAUGGUCAUUGAGAGCAAAAAUGGAGAGGCAGGACACCCCCCAGCCAGGGUGACCAAGAGGACCGCGACUGACGACCUGUACACCACCUUCAGUUCCCCUAUGGCCUGGAUCCUGGUCGUAGCCCUGGUCGUCACCUGGUCUUGUGUGGCCAUCAUCAUGUUUGAUCUGAUGGACUACAAGGGCCUCACAGGGGUCUCCCCACCUCCCGCUGUCAGGAAAGUAAUUAAGGAUGCAGGAAGGUCUAGAGGAAGCAUUCAGCAUAUCAGCUCGGACCCCAUGAAAGUGGUGAACGAGGCGGUGGAGGAGUCCACUGACUGGGGCAAACUGCUUCUGACCUUUGUCUCCAGCCUGGUAGCACCCGAGGAGGAGGAAAUCGAAGUUGCAGGGAUGUUUGCCGAGGAAAAGGAACCAGUUGCGGAAGUAGAGGAGGAGGAGGAGGAGGAAGAGGAAGAUGAUGUAAAUGAAGUGGAAGAUGAGGAAGAGGAUGGAGAGGAUGAGGAUACGGAAGAAGAUGAGGAAGAUGAGGAAGAAGAUGAUGAGGGUGAGGAAGAGGAGGAAGAAGAUGAAGAAGAUGAGGAAGAGUCUGAGGAAGAGGAAGAGGAAGAGGUUGCUCCACAGGCUGAUGAGGAGGAGGAGGAGGAGGAGGUGGAAGAGGCUGUUCCAGAGGUGGCUGCUGCUGAGGCUGAUGAUGAGGAAGAGGAGGAGGAGGAGGAAGAAGCAGCUGCAGCUGAUGAGGUGGCAGAGGAAAAUGAAGGUGAAGAUGAAGCUGCUGCAGAAGUCAUUGCUGAGAUUGAUGAGGAUGAGGGCCCCAUUCUGAUUGAUGUUGAUGACACAGAGACAGAAACUUCUGCUGGAGAUGAUGGAGAGGAGGAUGACACCAUAGCUGAAGCUGAAACUGAAGCAAUUACAGAUGAGGAUGCCAGUGAUGCUGCUUCCACUGAUGAUGAUGAUGAUGAUGGUGAUAAUGAAGAGGAUGAAAAUGCUGUAGCUGGUCCUGCUGCUGCUGCCAGUGAUGAAGCCACAGAUGAUGCUCCUGUUUCGACUGCAGAUGAUGAUGAUGAUAAUGUUGAUGAGGAAGAUCAUAGCAUAGAUGUUGACCAAACAGAUGACGAUACUAAACCCAUUGACCUAGAAGAUGACGAUGAUGACGAUGAUGAUAUCAAAGUCGAUCUUGCUGAUAGUGAGGAUAUGGAUAUCUCAGACACAUUAGCUGAGGAUACAACUGAUGACUCUACAGAUUUAGAGGACACUGAUGAUGAUGAUGAUGGCAAAGUCAGUGAGGACAGUGGUGCCGAUGACGAUGACAAAACAGUCGAGGAUUCAGGAGAGACUGUUAGAGAUGUCUCAGACAUUUCUGAUGACACAGAAGACGAUGAUGAUGAUGAUGAUGAUGAGGUGAAGGAUUCAGCUGAAGAGAUCGGCAAAGAAGAUGACGAUGAGGAUAAUGAAAUCACAACAGAAGCCUUUGAUAGUUCACCACCUGAAGAAGAUGAUCUAUCCAAGGAUGACGACGAUGAUGAUGAUGACAUUGAUGACCUUCUUUUGACAGAGAUCAUCCUUUCAGAAGCACCGGAGGAGGAGGAGACUGAGGAAACAUCUGCUGAACCAGAACUGACAAUAGAGGAAGCUCUGGAAGAGGUAGUGGAGGAAGGGACAGCAGAGCCCAAACCUGAGGAGGAGGUAGAACCCAUCACUGAACGAGAGGGGUUAGCACCAGAGCCCAAGAGGGUAUUACCUAAACCCGAGGAGGUAGAACCUGCAGCCGAAGCUUUGUCAUGUGCCACUAGUUUCAGCCAGAUAGGUUCGCUGUGA